CUUGGACCAGAACGGCAAUAUGCAUAUUCGAGUUGUCAUUUAUAAGAGGGGUAAAAAAAAAGAAAAAGAAAAAGGGAAAAAAGGGACAAGGUAGGCUUGAGUUAGGCAAGGCUUCAGGCAUGCAGGCAGACCUUCUUCCCUAUCUCCAAAUAAACUCUCCCCUCAGCUUCAGCCUUCGUCUAAGAGCCCAAGUUAAUUAAUUGACUCCUCUAUAUUUCUCCUUCGAGAUCAUUGUCGUCAACUCCCGUAAAUAUAGGAGUUUCUUACUUCUAAUAUACUAUUACGAUUUUAAAACUAUCGAUGACUUGCUAGAAUCGAAACAAUACCAACUUCAUCAUGAUUCACUUUUCAAUUACCUUUCCUCUUGUGCUGCUAGCUUUGGCGGCCGUCGCGAUCUAUGUCCAAGUUACCUCGAGCACUCUAUCUCUCCCCAUAGCGACUGGUACUACCGUCCUCACAAUCAUUCUACCAUUUAUAGCAGCUGCCAACUUCUUCUACCUACCCCGAUUUUCCCAAAUGCUUCGUCAGACAGUUACAUCAAAUCCAUCCCUGUUACGAUUCUUGCCCAUGGUACCUCCGGUUCUACAAGCUAUCCUGACGGUGGUGUUGGCCACCCUCGCAGCUGAGGGCUUCUCGUCCGGCCAGGUCACCGACUGUAGUCUGGAGCUGAACUGGCAGCGUCUGUACAAGGCAAAGGACUUCAGGGCUAUGUCGCGCAUACAGGAUGCUCUGAAUUGCUGUGGUCUCCGCUCUGUCAAGGAUCGCAGUGCGCCCAACGGUCGAUGCCACGAGCUCCAUGAGGAUAGAAACGACUUCUGUCUUACCCCCUGGCGCGCUACGAUGCAACGCAACUCUGGGCUCGAGUUUGGUGUAGCCGUAGCCGUCGGACUUAUCCAGUUGGCCCAUCUCGUCCUUUUCGGGCUGCGCAAUUCAAGUAAGAACGCCGGGCCAGGAUAUAGACGUGUCAUUCAGAAUAUCGGCCCUAGUAGUCGCGAAGGCUUGCUAGAAAACGGGAGGGUAGAUGAGGAAGACGACGGUGAGAAUGGAAAUAGCCGUCGCGGUUACGGCACCGCUGAGAACGGCGCAAAUCAUAGGAUUGAGCCAUCCGGCCUUGGAGAGGAUGGAAAUAACUGGUAGUAGUUUUCUCUGCCGGACGUCCUAGUCGAAGGGGUAAUCAGUUCUAGCGAAGGUUCGGACGAAGCAUUAGGAACACCGAUGGCAACUGAAUUGGGUCUUGAAAAGGAGGUAGUACCGGCAUUUAAGGUUAUAAUUUUCUAGGGACAAUGCUACGUUACCAUAUGUAACUGAGAAAGAUUGGUAGAUUGAGAUACGAAGAGUAGAUGCUUAAGCUAAUAAACUGAUGUAAUUACAGAA